GGAAGUCGUCGCUGGUAAUUCAUGUCUAGACUUAUCAGCUGUGGGGAAUACGAUUAUAACACCACUGUCAUCAUGUGAAUUGUUCCUCUAAUGACAAUGGGUUUUUGGAGAAUGAAGACACCUCUGCGGGUAUCAUUCUUGCUGAUAGGAUUCCUAGCGGGCUCGCUAUUCACUACCUUUUAUGGGCCUGGCAGUUACGUGCAGAUACAACCUUUACAAUCGAUCAAAUCACAAGUACAUGUCUACCAAGAGAAUAGACAUAAAGUAUAUCGUCACAUCAACCCAGUCAGUGUGUCGAAACAUGGAACGUUAACACCAUCCGAACCCAAGAAAUAUUUCAUCGACUGUGGAGGAAAUACCGCAUCAUCAGUCAGACUGUUCAAAGAUACGUAUCCCAACAGCUCCGAGUACAUUAUUCACUCUUUUGAGAUAGACGAUAGACUGAAACCGUUCUAUGCACCGUACAGGAAUACAGAGGCGCAUUGUCCCGUGGCAGUGUCGCAAAGAAAUGGUAAUGUAACGGCAUAUUCAGAAGAUGUGUGGUCACCUGACAAAGGACCUAUUCUUGGUUACGAUCAACAGUGGGGUGGCGGUACACUGUACGCCUUCAACGAUGAAAAAAAUGAUAUCGAAAGUGGAGGGAGUAGGAAACUAACAUAUAGAAAAACGAUCCCGGCUAUGGACCUGUCGUCGUGGAUACAGAAAAAUACCCGGAUAGAAGAUUAUGUUGUUUUGAAAAUGGACGUUGAGGGCGCUGAGUAUGGAAUUUUGAAAAAGAUGAUGGAUGAUGGAACAUUCAGAUGGAUUGAUAAGUUGUAUGGGGAAUACCAUGACUGGCAACCGACAGGGUACACUUGGUUAGAAAAGUUUCGAAUUCGCGAACGGUUGAAAUCUAGUGGUUUUGGAAUGAUGAAUUGGGAGGGAGAAAUUCUCGACUAUGAGGACUUUGAGAAAUUGCACCCCCCAUUCCGUGACAUCACCGCGCUAGGAAUGGCGGGAAAGGUUAUUAACAAAUGCGGCUCUCCCAUGAUGGCGAAAUGGUUUCCGGCAUCGCACGCAUCAAAGAGUUAUUCCCUAAUGUUGUCAGAGAUUGGAAAGACGAUUUCGAUAUCGGCAUGA